AGGUUGCAUUAAAAGAAUAAGAUAAUACUGAGGAAAAGGCAAUAUUUCAUAGUCAUCAUCUUUAGAUUAUCAAUUGAUUACAUUUUUUUCUUCAAAUAAUUACAUUUACCUUGGACAGUGUGGUCACUCCCAUCACAGCCAUACACCAUCAGCAGAUGUGGACAUGACAGCUAACGGGCACCAGGGGCGUUCCUACGGUUCCAUGUCGAAGCGAGGAUCGUUUGCUAAUGGAACAAAUAAAGUAUCUCACUCAGAAUCGAAGAGCGAACUAACAGCUAAUGAGGCAAAGGCAUUUGAAACUGAAACACCUCUCCCGACCGAAGAUACUGAUUGCUGUGUAAGGGGUUGUAAUCCAGUAGCAAUGAUGAUAAUCUUAGGCGACUCGCUGCAUAACUUUGGUGACGGUCUAGCGAUAGGGGCGGCAUUCUCACUGAGCAUCGCUGCUGGACUCUCAACUAGUGUAGCUGUCCUCUGCCACGAGAUCCCGCACGAACUAGGUGAUUUGGCCGUACUCAUGAAGCAGGGCAUGCGACUCCGAACGGCACUCCUAAUGAAUAUGAUGUGCGCUUGUUCAGCAUUCAUCGGCUUGUGGAUCGGGAUCCCGCUCGGACAGACCGAGACGGCUCGGGAAUGGAUAUUCGCUUCUGUCGCUGGCAUGUUUCUCUACGUUGGACUCGUCGACAUGCUUCCGAUGCUACACCAAUACGACGGAAAAAGCAACAAGGUCACCGUGGCUAUUCUGCAGAAUAUUGGAUUCUUGGCGGGAAUUGGGAUUAUUCUGUUAAUAGCACUGUAUGAGGACGCUAUUGAAUUAUCUUUAUAGGGGAACGUGAGCCGUGAGGGGGUGGGAGUGAGGAAGGGAGGGUCAGAGUGGAGGGGUCAAGCUCGCUAUCAAUAAAGACCGCUAUUCGUAAGGACUGCUAUUCAUAAGGACCGCUAUCCAUAACGCGGGACUGAAUAAAUAGCAGUCUUUUAUAAAUAGCGGUUCUUAUAAAUAGCGAGCAGACCGCGGGUUGAGAGAUACAUAUAGGACGGAUAACAUAAUGUGUGGGUGUGCGUGUGUGUGUGUGAGAGAGAGAGAGAGAGAGAGAGAGAGAUGGAGGGGGGCAGCAACACUACCCAACACUACCCUUAUUCCAGUGCUAAGAACUCUU